UUUAAAAAGGAAGCAGAAAAUGAGUUCAAUGAAUUUCUUUUCCUUCGAAAUUCACAUUUUUAGUCUUAAUUCCAGUUCCGUUUAUUAAUUUUGGGUUCAUACACAAAGCUCGUUUCUUUCUUCACAUUUUUCAUCAGAUUAAUCCGUUAGACAAAGCCCAUUUCAUUUUACAGCCCAUUGUGGUGGAGAACAGGGGAAGCACGGAGGAAGAGAGCAGAAGAGGGAGUUAGCUGACCAGUCAGGGACACUUUUUUGAAGACCAGAUAGCAAAAUCGGGAACUUCUCUCCAUUUACAUUUUUUUUUUUGAAAGGGAAUCGAUUUCCCCAGGAGGGAAUUUGGUGGAGGAAGGAGGGUUUCUCUGUCUCGAUUCUCUUUUCGAAUAGGGUCGAGAAAAAGGGGCCUUGGGCUUUCCGCACCGAGUAAAACGGAGAACACGAGGGAAGAAAAGAAUUGUCUGGGUUCUGAUAUGCACGGAUAGCGAUUGGUAGUGAGAAGAGGACGCAGAGUAGCAAGAGGCAGAACCAGGGAAGGGAAGAAGCAAAAAGGAAGAAGGCUUGGGGAACGAGGUUGCUCUUCAGACAAUUACACUAGUUGUUUGUUCUUCUUAUCAGUAACAUGAAAUGAUUUUGGAAUAGAGAUGUUGCUGUUGCUGAAUUAUUUUUUGGUGCUUAACUGAGAAGCUAUCUCAACACUGUGUCAUCUUGAACUAUGUGGUUUCUAGAGGAGCUUAACUUGAUCUGAAAUGAAGUUCGAAUCAAGCUUUGAGCUGAACUUGACUUUGAUACUUUUUUGAGAAAUCAUACUCAAAGCUUUGGUUAUUUGGCUUGCGUUUUAUCAAAUCUCCGGUGGCGAUAGUUGAGUAUUGGGUUCUCUAGUGGCAAUUUCCUGGCUAGCAACCAUGGAUGUUGAUUCACAGCCAACUAUGGAGGAAACUAUAUUGGUUGGUGAUGAUCUCAUGAUGGGCCCACCAUCUCCAGUCAUCCCUCCAGAAAUUGCCUCUUAUGUGCUAGAAGGGGUUGAUUUAUGUGAUGGGCUUUUAAGGAAUCUAUUUUUGUGCUUGCAAAUCAAUGAUAUUGAACCAUUCUGUCAAGAUGAGAUUGCUAUAUAUCGACAAUGUGCUGAAAAAAGGGACAAGCGACUAAGGCAAAGACUUGAGGAUAGUGAGCGCAAAUUAGGGUUAUCAAUGCCUUUAGUCGAAGCAAAGGAAAGAGCUGCUCAACUCCAAUCAAAAGUCACAUCAUUGGAGAGGCGCUUGAUUCUGGCUAGUGGAAUUCAAGGCAUUGAAGGUUUCCGCCAAAGAUGGGGUUUGCAUGGUCGCCUUACCGAUACCAAAAAAAGGUUGGAGUCUUUGAAGCAGGGAAUUGAGAGUAGGAAAGAGGACAAAACUUCUCAAGGUUCAACCAGCAAAAGAUGGUUCUUUUGGUGAAUUUUGUGCUUUUAAUAUUAUAUAUGUUUUAGGAAAAGAAUCCUUAGGAUUGCUUUGUAAAAAGAGUUUUUUAAAGAGUUUUCACUUGGUGUUUAAAAGAAGAGUACGCAUGUAAUGUUGAAGAGCUAAGUUCUUGAAACUCAAACAUCUGGAUCAACCACCGGGGAGAGUUUCGAGCUUCAGUUAUUUCUCAAUAAUAUUCGGACUUGUAGUAAGU